UGCAACUGUAUACUGUAUAAUAAGAUUGCAACACCAAUUUACAGUACAUUUUUGCUUAACAGAGAAAGCAUUGGUUAUAUUUACUAAAAAAAAGUAUAUUUUACACAGGCGGUUUGAGUAUUUACUUCAUAUUUCUGAAUAUUUCUGUUUGGCGCGUGGCAGACUUGUUGACCCACUCAGCUCGCGCGACUUUAGCUUUGGCUAAAGUAAGCUACUUAGCAGGGUGAGAGUGCACUUUCUGAAGUUUCACAUAAACACUGAGCAUAGUGUUGUCAUUGUUUGAACACUCACCUCGCCGGAGUCACUGUAUUCACAGCCGUUGAACAUGAAUUGGGUUGGAGGUUCGAGGAGUCGGCUAACCAUGAAAGAUGACGCCAAAAAGCAAAGGGACUUUUUUGAAAAGAGAAAAAUGCAAAAGAAAUUGAACAACUUGGGAUUAACUUUGCCAACAUCCCCUGGAGCUGGUGGUCCCAGUUCUGGUUCUGCUAGUUUGGACCUGGUGACUUUGUUUAUUGUCAACCAGAUUGCUACUAAAAAAGAAAAUAAAGAUCUUUCUAAAGUAGCAGUUCUUGGCCACAGCAGCAGAAAAGGAUCCAGUAAACAAAACAAGCCCCUGGUUCUCCCAAUGAGCCCGUGCUCUCCAUCACAGCUGAGUCUUGUUGAGAGCCAGUCUCAGUGCAGUGUUCAGGGGACAAGAAUGGGAAGGCAUGUUAUUCCUCAAGGUUUCAAGUGCCGUAAGCUGUCGCCAGUGCUGGAGUCAGGAUUUUCAGACAACAGUGCAUCAGACUACCUGCCACCAACGACUGCCCUCCUUAGCCCUUUUUCCUCAACUUCAUCAGCCUCCUCAGGCCAAGGAGUUUUCCCCCUGCAGCUGAGAGGCCACACUCCGACACAGCCACCUCCUCCCUGGGAAACAUCAGCACUGGAACAGACCAAAUUCCAGCCUUUCUCCCAGCCCAGAGGUAUGACCGAGAGUAUGACAUGGUCGUGUGGAUCAAAUCCACCCCUCUUCCCACUGGAGACACCCACAGCAGCCCAAGUCCUGUUUGGAAGUCCAGAACCCCAUGUAACAGAGGCAGGACUUCACGCGAGACACAAGGUCAGCCUUUCUCUAAACCAGUCACAAAACAUGGACUUCACCCUGAACCAGUCAGUAACUGAGCAACAGCCUGAGGACGACGUCUUCAAGGGCUUCAGUUGUGACGACAGUGGAAAAGAUGCUUUUCAGUUCAGAAAGAUUUACCUCAAAGACGGAACACCAGUCAGAUCCUCGGCACCACAAACUGUCCCAGAGUCACAGUUCAUGGAAAUGGAGCGCUGCCGCUGCAGUGACACAAACUUUUCGUGUCCUGGACACAACACAGACCCAGAGAAUGGCUGUGGAUAUUCACCAAGUGACUCUUGUGGAGGACGUUCCCUCAUUUCAGACUCGCAGGAUGUAGAAGAAUACUGCCCACUACGUCUCCAGGCGUCUGACUCUUCAUAUUUGCAACACGACUGUUGUGCAGACACCAGGAACCAAGGCUCACAGGGGAAAAUAAAACAAAAGACAGGCUCCCAGUCUGGACCUCACACCCCUCUCACACGAUACACUGAUGAGAAGGUUACAGAGAAUCCGACUUGUCCAGAUAAACCCUCAGGAAGUGACAUUCUACAGACGGAAAGCAGCACGACUCAGUUUGGUUUGGAUCUUUGCAAAUGCAAUAAACCAUCUGCUCAAACUCGAGAUGCAGGAACUCAAACUGCGGGCGACCCCGUUGCUGAGAGACGCGACGCCUCCACUCAGUGCAGCUUCAUCGCAGACUGUGCGGCCAGCGUCCCGCUAGUCAACUUUCCGCCUGUUGUCAAGUCAAUUCUGCCUCCAGCCACCGGGAGGCAGAUGAACACUGCUGCAGAAACAAGCGCACACACAGCCUCAGCUGCCAGCAGGGGGAAGCAGACACCCGGGAGCAAGAUGAAGCCCAAGGCUGUUUCCCUACCAGGCAACAGCGUUACACACACACUCUCUGCCAGCAACUGUGAUGGCAACAUAUUCCUACAGACGUCCAAACUCCAGUUUCCAGGUAAGAAGAAUGAAGAGGGCAGAGACGAGAGAGAGCUACAGCCAACAGGCCCCGUGAUAAAAGAGAUAAAAGAGAGCUCGGAGGAAGUGAGGGACGAGGUCACGUCUCCCAGCUCGGUCAACAGAGCGGCAGACGAGACUGGAACACUGCAGGAAAUAGCUGAUAUUUUGCUCCUGCUCAAGCAGAGGAGGAAUUAGAGUUUAUGUAGAUGAACAGGUGGAAGCUUGAUGGAAGGAAGGAGGCAGCGGGGGUUUAAAAAUGUCUGUUCUGUGCAUGUUCUUUUUUUAAAUUUCAAUUUAUAGCGUUGUAAGCACUUAAGCCCCUUAAAAUAUUUAGUGUUUGUGCCUUAAUCUGUGACAUAGACGCCGUGAAAUAAAAAGCCCCAAAGCCUUUCUCUGA